AAAACUUACAUUAUCAACAAGUUCACAAGGAUCGGUUUAUUUGAGGACCAUCCGUUUUUGCCAGUUUUUUAAUUAGCCGUCCUAGCCACCACCAGUUCUGACCCAUACACCCACGUCAGACGCAACCCAAUUGCUCCCCGCUACAUCCAUAAAAACCUCCAGAAUGCAAACCAUAAAGUGUGUUGUUGUCGGAGAUGGUGCUGUCGGAAAGACAUGUCUUUUGAUCUCCUACACCACCUCCAAAUUCCCUGCCGACUACGUGCCAACCGUGUUCGACAACUACGCCGUCACGGUGAUGAUUGGUGACGAGCCCUUCACCCUUGGCUUAUUUGAUACCGCUGGUCAGGAAGAUUAUGACCGAUUGAGACCUUUGAGUUACCCAUCUACCGACGUGUUCUUGGUGUGCUUCUCGGUGAUUGCACCCGCAUCGUUUGAAAACGUCAAGGAAAAGUGGUUCCCAGAAGUUCAUCACCAUUGUCCUGGUGUUCCUUGCUUAAUUGUGGGAACCCAAACUGAUUUGAGAAACGACGAGGUGAUUUUGCACAGAUUACAAAAACAAAAGUUGUCGCCCAUCACCUACGAAAUGGGCGAGAAGUUGGCCAGGGAGUUGCGGGCCGUCAAGAUUGUCAAGUACGUUGAGUGUUCGGCGUUAACCCAACGAGGCUUAAAGACGGUGUUUGAUGAAGCUAUUGUCGCUGCCUUGGAACCCCCUGUGAUUAAGAAGUCCAAAAAGUGUGCCAUCUUGUAAUAUAAUUGUGCAAAGGGUGACCCGCUCAAGGCGGAGUGCUCCCGCUGUGGACAGAGAAGGACCCUUUUUCACGGCUGCCCCUGCUAGUGGGUUUUAUUUCUGAUGCUAUCAUUUUACUUUGUUUUAGUCUGUUACUGGUUGACUGUUUUCCAGGCGAACCGCCAUCUCUCGCCAAUGCUUUUAUUAUAUAGAGUGGUAAGGGUCAAAAAGUAAUUAAUAUACAAUUUUUACUGAUGGUGGUACAUUAACAAAACAAGACGAGAUUAUAUACAUCAACUUUUGCGGGUCAAAAUUGGAUUUAGGAGGAUAAACUGGUUCCAUUCUUGUCGUUGAACACAUCGAUACGAUACCGUUUCCAGUCCUUCAACUGCUCUUGGUACCGAGCCCAUUCAGUUUUGUCCAAGGUAUACGGGGCUUUUUCAGAGCUGCUCAACUGCUUCCACUGCGACGACAACUCUUUCAAUACCUCGACGUUGUCACGGCCGUCCCGAAUGAAGUUCUUCUUGACGUACGCCGCAAAGCCAAAUACAGGCGCUUUGGGCUUGGGGCUGAAUACUGCAAGAAUGUCUUCAUUGUAAGCAUCAGCCUUAUCAGCAAACUCAUCUUUUUCAAAAUCAGUCAAUUCCUUCCAUUCUUUGCUGGCCUCGGUGAUAUCCUUGGCCUUUCUCUCCUUGACAAAGAUGUUAAAGGGAGACAAUUUUCUUGGGGUCUUUAAGGCCUUUUUAAGAAGUACAUCAUUCUUAGCCUUUUCUUUCUGUUGGGAUUCCUUAGCCUUUACCUUCUUUUUCUUCUCGGUUUCUUUGGCCUUCGCCUUGGAGUACUUCUCCUGCAACUUUUUGUAAACGGACUUCUCGGUUUUCAAGGUGUCUUUCAACAAUUGUAAUUUGAUGGCCUCAGGGGUUUGACUUUUUUUAGUUUUGGCUUUGGCAGCAGCAGCCCACAUGGCCAUUGACCAGGAGAACUGCCGAGAUUGAACCCUACAAGCAGCCACGAGCGGCACAUAAGCAUUGGAUCUGACAAUAAACCGACUCAACAUCUUAAUAGUAUCUGUGAGUUGGGUAUGGCAACAAUGAAUUUGUGGUU